GAGAGUCUCCUAAACAUGUGCUGCAAGAGCAUCUUCUUUCUGCCUCCGGAGUCGGAUGUGCCAGAGACAGGAGUGCUCUACGCCAAGACUAUGAAAGCCAUGGACACCAUGCUGGAGGGCUUCGUACGCAACUGUGCCAACACCAGUGUCAGCAUAGAGUUGGAGAAUAUGUUGAAGGUGAUGCUGGACUUUGCUGUCUCCAAAGACUCAGCUGUGCGUGAGAGCGCUGUGAGGAGGAUUGAGAGGCUGGGUGAUUUCAUCAUCAGUUAUUUUGUGAGCGAGAUCACAGAUGACUAUGAAAACUAUAGCGAUGAUGAGCCCACAGAGCUCUACAUCCCCAUCCUGGGACAGCUGCUGGGCAUCCUCUUCAUUUUCACCAGUGACAAAGAUUCCAUCAGAUUCACAGCUUUAGAAACUCUUUCUCACAUAUACAAAAUCAUCAGAAAAGGAAGAGAAUGCAUAUUGAGAGAGGACAUGCUAUAUUAUGCAGUGAGACACAAGAAAUUGGAGUAUGCAAAACUUCCAUUUUCUACAACAUCAACUCCGUGUGAAAUUGCCAAGGUAAUGAGCUCUGGCCUUGCUGGGGAUCUUGUCCGCAGCAUCAGCAGGCAUCUCGUGUGAGCAAAGGGGUCCAGAACCGGUGGGGCUGGCACG